AUGGGCAACAACCCUUCUAAGGGCCCUGUCGGCGAUGUGCCGUCGAGCCAUCAUGUCUCCAAUGCUGCAACAGAACGCAAGGUAGUUCGCCGAACUUCCCAACAUACCAUCCCAACUACCAAAGCCACCGCCGCAGACCCAUCAGCGUCCCGUGAGACUGCCGCUGGCCACUCCGCAACUUACCAAGGCUCAGCCCAACAUCGGCUUCAAGGUCGAAGUACCGCUGGAUCACCAAAACCGAUAAGUAGACCUGAAAGGCCUGAAGGAGUGCGAAGUGAGACACCACAGCGAAGGGAGGUUUCUUCCCCAGAUCCCUCGAAUCCUGUAAAGGUGCCAAUUUCACGCCAUGCCGCGGGGCGAGAUCCUGUGGCACCUUCGGGUCCGCCGCACAACUCCUACUAUAGCGCCUCGACUCAUAUGCAACGACCUCCACGCAUGCCGCUUCCUAUUGCUGAUUCGACUACCAUUCCUGGGUCACCGAUCAUUGGGCCCGAGGAUUCGCAUAUCCAAUCCAUGCCUGCGGACCGACUACUGGAUGAGCACAUGGAGGCAUCCCAUUACAGCAAUGCAACCCUGGAUGGUGAUGAGCUGGUUGAUGAGCUCCAGCCAUUUGGUGUUGGUAAAGCUGUCCCUACUUUAAUUGAGUGGAAAGGUCCCGGCGAGAAGGUCUACGUAACUGGAACGUUUGUCAACUGGGAGAAGAAAUUCAAGUUACACAGAAGUGAGAGUAACCCUGAAAUCAUGUCGGCAACGUUAAACCUGCGACCUGGCACACAUCAUUUGAAGUUCCUUAUCGAUGGUGAAAUGCGAGCUUCAGAUAAUCUCCCAACGGCUGUCGAUUUUACUAACCACUUGGUAAACUACAUCGAAAUCAGCGCGAAUGAUGCUAAUGACAAAUCAUCUGUUUCAUCGGGAGUUCGACCAUCGCAAACCACUCAUGAUAGUUCCAAGGAACGGUCAUCAGAAGAAACUGAUGACGAGCCACCGAAGAAGGAGGAAGCCGCAGAGGAGGUUCCUCUGGGUGAUUUUGGCAGUGCUAUUCCUCAAUUCCUCGCCGACCUGGACAAAGAAGAAGAUAGCCCGGCAUACUUACAAGCUGCAAAUGUCAUUGGUGAUACCCCGACUCCACCUAGUCUCCCUCUAUUCCUGGGUAAAUCUAUUCUCAACAGCACUACACCCACCAAAGAUGACAGCAGCGUUUUGAAUUAUCCCAACCAUACGGUCUUGAAUCACCUUGCGACGAGUAGCAUUAAGAACGGAGUUCUUGCUACUAGUGUUACGACCAGAUACAAACGAAAGUAUGUCACAAGUAUCUUGUACAAACCUACUGGUGACAUCACCGGGGAGUAA